AUGGAGAACAGUGAACUCAGCCGGACUUUCACCUGCUCCUAUCGGGUCCAGAGCAGCCCCCCAAGACAGCCCCACUCCCAGUCUCUGCAGAGUAAUACAGUGACCUUGGUCCUAACAGAGCCCCUGCCGGCCCCUGCGCUCUCUCUGAGCCCCCAGCACCCUGUGUAUGUGCGGGGAGAGCGGGUGACCCUGGAGUGUUCGGCUCCCAAGGGCCAGGAGGUGGCUGGAUACAGGUUCUACAAGAGACACCGAGGCCAGGCCCCCAGGGAGCUGCCUGCUGGGGCCAUGGGGCCCUUGGAGAUGCUCACAGUGGAGAUGGGAGAUCCCAGCGAAUACAGCUGUGCUUAUUGGGUCCUGCGAGCCGGCCGGGAGAUCCCUUCCCGGGAGAGCCCCCCCGUGCCCAUCGCUGUGAUCGCCCCCCUGCCUGCCCCUCGGCUCACCGCGACCCCAGCACACCCGGUCUACGUGGUGGGAGAAGCCGUGGCUCUGACCUGCUCGAUCCCUGGGGCUCCCACGCUGGCCACGGUUCAGUUCUCCAAGGACGGAGGGGAGCUGCCCUCGCCUCUGCUCAGCAGCAGCCCCACGCUGCAGCUCGCCCGCGUGGGCACGGGGCACGCCGGGGCCUACUCCUGUCGGUACCGGAGGAGGGAGUCUGGGAGAGAGAUCUCAUCCCCCCCCAGUGGGGCCAUCGCCAUCUCCGUGCUGGCUGCCCCCCAGCUCUCUGUGUCCCCGUCCCAUCCCGGCUACAUCCCCGGUGACUCCGUCACCCUGACGUGCUCCGCUCCCGGGGGCCACACGCUGUCCAGGAUCCAGUUUCUCAAGGACGCCCCAUCGCACUCCAGGGCGUACAGCUGUGGGUACUGGUUCCUGGAAUCGGGGCGGGAGAUCCCAUCCGGGCCGAGUCACCCCGUCCACAUCCUGGUGCUGGGUGAGUGCACGUCCCUCCAGAGGGUGGCACUGGGUGGGGAGGGAGAGAAGCCGCUGACAGGGCUGAUCCAGAGGGAGGCGGACGGGGGAGACCGGCCGGCUGGGCCCCUUUGGAGGGAGGCAGACAGACAGCAGCAGAUCCGGCUGGAGAGGGGCUGGUGCGAUCUGGGAUUGCCAAAGGAGGUGAGAGAACAAGGGGAUGAGCACCACUGGGUGCUGAGAGAUGGGGAGCUGCUUUCAGAGCCACCAGAGCCCCGGCUCCCCCUGAACGUCACCCCCAGCGGCAGCGGGACCUACCAGUGCGGGUACAGCACAGAGCUCCAUGGGCGCCACCUUCGCUCACCCCCCAGCGAGCCGGUGCCACUGAGCGUGACUGAUCCCCCUCCCCAGCCAGUGCUGAGUGUGGAUCCCCCAUCUGGAGUGGUGAGCGAAGGGCUCCCCCUGCUCAUCACCUGCAUGGCCCCCGGGGACACCAGCAAGAGGAGGUUUCACUUCUACAACGAUGGAGUUGAGAUCGUCCCUGGGGACACAGGGUCUGAGAUCAGCACCACAGAGCCCAGCACCGGCUCUAUGAACUUCUCUGUGCUCAGCAUCCCACGGGCCGGUCCCAAUAACACCGGAAAAUUCAGCUGCGGGUACAAGGCGAACAUGAGCGGCAGGUGGAUCCCAUCCCCCAGGAGCCAGGCUGUGAACGUCACCGUGACAGCCUGGUCUCUGCCCAUCCCCCUGGUGGCUGGGUGCAGUGGGGCUGCCACGGCUCUGGCUCUGCUGGUCCUCAUCUGCCUCUGCAGGAAGAAGACGGCAGGUGCGUGA